UUCUCUCGCGAGCAACCAGAUCACCAGCUCUAUCCCUGCUGGCAUUGGCUUGCUGACUAAGCUGGUAACCCUGGAUGUUUCAAUGAACCAGCUUUCAGGAAGCAUUCCUGCUAGUGUCAGUGCUCUCACUCAAGCCACUACCUUAUCUCUCGCCUUCAACCAGCUGUAUGGGAGCAUACCAAGCACUCUCACCCAGCUCACGCAGCUGACACUCUU